AUGAAUUCCAUGGAGAACUUGGAGAAACAGCUCAUUUGUCCCAUAUGCCUGGAAUUGUUUACAAAACCUGUGGUCAUCCUACCCUGCCAGCACAACCUCUGCAGAAAAUGUGCCAAUGAUGUUUUCCAGGCUUCAAACCCAUACCUUCCAACAAGAAGUGGCUCAAUGACGUCUGGUGGCCGCUUCCGAUGCCCAUCCUGCAGACAUGAGGUUAUUUUGGACAGGCAUGGCGUUUACGGGCUACAGAGGAACCUGCUCGUUGAGAAUAUUAUUGAUAUGUUCAAGCAGGAGUCAAACAGCAGCAAGCCGGCCCCGGAGAGAAAGGAAGAAACACCCAUGUGUGAUGUCCACGAGGAAGAAAAGAUCAAUAUUUACUGUGUGACCCAUGGUGUGCCGACAUGCUCCAUGUGUAAGGUUUUUGGAGCUCACAAAGAUUGUGAGGUGGCACCUAUUAGCAGCAUUUACCAGACAAAGAAGACAGAGCUGAGUGACGGGAUUGCCAUGAUGGUUGGUAAUAACGACAGGAUGCAAGGAAUCGUUAGUCAGCUCGAGGAAGCCUGUCGUGCUAUAGAGGAAAAUGGUCGGAGGCAGAAGACUCUGGUGUGUGAGAAGUUUGACCAGCUGUACUCUAUCCUGGAGGAGAAGAAGAGGGAGAUGAGUCAGAAGGUGACGGCCGAACAGGAAGAGAAGGUGAACUAUAUCCGGGGCCUUACCAGGAAGUACGGACACCAUCUGGAGGAGAGUUGUAAAAUCGUGGAGAUGGGGAUCCAGACCAUGGAGGAGCCAGAGAUGGCCUUAUUCCUGCAGAACACAAAGCCUCUCCUCAAAAAGAUUGCAGAAGCAUCCAGUACAGCACACUUGGAUAAAAUUGAACGUAGCUAUGAGAAUAUGGAUCAUUACAAUAUAGACUUCAAGAAAGAGGGCAAGGCCCUGCGCAGCAUCGACUUCAUCCAAGAUGUUGAAGAUGAGGAGGAUGAGGAUGAGGAUGGAGAGGCAGGCGCUGAGGAAGGAGAGGGGGCCCCGACUGUUUCUGGAGUCAGUAUUGUUGCGGCCGCCCCCAUCCAGCCUCCUGCCCCCCAGCAGAUAAACUCCUCCCCCAGCGCAGCCAAGAGCUCUGCCUCGACUUAGCUGUCAGCCCCUGGCCCAGGCAACACCUAAACCGGGAGCAAGAUAAGUGUUGCUCCUAGAUGUUGAUUUAAGAUCAGCUGUGAGACUUUUUCUCCCAGAUUGGAGAACAGUGAGACGGAUUUAGAUCUGUGCCAGAGGGAAAGUCUGAGUUCCUGAUAUGUAAACGAAGAGACAGAAUUUUCUAUUCACUUCUUUCUCUUUUAUUGUGAUUGUGGUAGCGUGCAUCAGUGCAUACUGACUGACACUGCGUACUUUUUUUUUCUUAUUCAAUACAUGUUUUGGUUCUUCCUUUUCAUUUUGGAUAAACUGAAUGUCAGACAUAUAUAUGAGUGAGCUGGAUAUUUCCAGAAUUCAGAUAUGUUCAUACAUUUUUUAUGUAGCUGACCUUUUCCAACUCACAGCUUAAACUACAAUAUCAGAGAGCAAAACAAGAGGGCCUCAGGUUUUCCUCCCUGUCGUAUACUUUAUGUCUGAUAUAACUUGAUGAGGGUAGCCCGAGUAAAAAACUAUCACUGUCACAUUUAGGUAUUUCAUACAUACAAAGGUCUGUAUUAUGUUUCAUAUUCUUUGUUGUGUAACACAGGUAUAUUUUCCAAUUAUGAACAAUAUAUCACAAUUUUCAAUGUUAUGUUGUAUUAUAUAUGUCAUUAAAACUGAAUUGUACAAAUAACCUAUAGUAUUUCUC